UAGUGUUGCAAAUAUUUGAGUAUUCUCUUCUCGCUUGCUUAUGUUUAUUUGCAAAAACGAAAAACUGGAAAACCAACAAGAAAACAAUAAAAUUGUCAAAAACAUAUGUUUUUCAAACAAUUGCUGACACAUCGUCCCUAUUUUAAGCUGCCGUCAUUUUUGUGUGAAAAUCAUUGGAAAAAAUCGUUUAUUUGUGCAAAAUAACGAAAAAUAUUUUAUGAUAGACUAAAAACGAGUGUAUUAUUGCAGUCGAAUUGUGAGUUUUUGAAAAGAAAAAGUGUGCUAGCAACGCAAUAGAAGAAGCAUUUGGAAAAAAGAAAAAUUUAAAUACUAGAAAAAAAAGAAGCAGUAAUCAUGAAAUUGACUAUCAAAACACUCGACCAGAAAACAUUUUAUGUUGAAUUCGAUGACACCAAAACAGUUUGGGAUCUAAAGGCACAUUUGCAAAAAAUGCCCGAAGUAGGAGUGCAGCCUGAACUACAACAAUUGAUUUAUGCAGGACGUGUGCUGGACAAUGAUAAUGUCUUGAAAACAUAUAGUAUCGACGAGAGGAAAUUCUUAGUUGUAAUGGCCAAGAAAAUACCAACAGCCGCUGCCGGAACAACAACACCAGCUGCUGCUACUACUACUGCAGCAGCAACACAGCCAGCCGCAAAAGCUGCUGAACCAGAUGUAGCUAAAACUACAAGCGCAAGCUCGAAAUCAAGUGAACAGAGUACAGCCUCAGCCACUAGUGCAGCCUCUGCCUCACAACCAAAGACUGAAGAGAAAGCCCCAGAAAAGGAAAAGGAAACAACGGCAGCUACAGCUACUGCUGCAUCCACUGGCACCGCAACCGACAGCAGAGCCCCUCAACCUUCAUUAGGAAUUGGUAAUGUUUUAGAUGUAUUGGAUAUUUCACCCACGGCAGCGGCUAACGAAGAUAUGGUACGAGAAAUUAUGAGUAUGGGUUAUCCAGAAACCGAAGUACGCCGCGCUUUAAUGGCUAGUUUCAAUAAUCCAGAUCGCGCCAUUGAAUAUCUUAUUGAAGGCAUACCCGAUAUACCAGACAUGGUAAGUAUGCCACAGCCAGCUGCCCAACCAGCAGCAGCUGUACCAACACCUGGCGCACCCACUGGUGGACCAAAUCCCCUUAACUUUUUGCGUGAGGAUCCACGUUUUAACCAAAUGCGCCGCGUUAUUCGCCAACGCCCCGAACUGUUAAGCAGUGUUUUAGCUCGCAUUGAAGAAACCAAUCCCGCCCUUUUGGCCGUUAUACGAGAACAUCAAGAUGAAUUUGUCGCCAUGAUAAAUGAGGAGGCUGGUGUAGAAGCCACCGAAGGAGGUGGUGGCGCUCCCCGAGAAGAUGUUGUGGAAAUUGUGCUAACCGAAGAAGAAAGACAAGCUGUUGAUCGCUUAGUGGCCUUAGGUUUUCCCCGUGAGAUCGUCUUACAAGCCUAUAUAGCCUGUGAAAAGAAUGAAGAACAGACCGCAGACUUUUUGUGUCGACACAUGGAAGACUAGAGCAUUAAUCAAGGGAGAGAGAGAGCGAACGAGAUAAAAGUUAGAAGUAAAGCAGCAAUGAGUACACAGAUUGAAGGAGUCAAAAGGAAGGAUAUUCUUACACAUGUUGUAAAAAUAUAAUCUAUAUGCAUAUAAUAUUGAAGAUUUAAUUUAACAACUAAAAUACAUGAUAAAAUUCGUAAUAAUUCUUGAGAUCAAA